ACGUCUUCGAUUUCCGGACCCACGAGGAUGCGCAUGAUGUCGUCUGCCAUACAGGGAGGGCCAGAAGCAGCUCUACGACUACUAGGACUACUCAACGCAUCCCCAACACCAUUCCACGCGGUGCAAAACGCUGCUGACCGCUUAGAACAAGCUGGAUUUUCCAAAAUUUUGGAGAAAGAUGCGUGGAAUCUGAAGCCUGGGGGUAGAUAUUACUUUACCCGUAACCAGGCCGCAUUGAUUGCUUUCCAGCUUCCAUCGAGCUGGCAACCUGGUGCAGGCGUCAGCAUUGUCGCUACUCAUGUCGAUUCGCCAAAUCUUCGUGUCCGACCCGUCUCAAAAAGAACCAAGGAGGGUUAUCUGCAAGUCGGCGUGGAGCUCUAUGGAGGGGGUAUCUGGCAUUCAUGGCUUGACCGUGAUUUGUCGAUUGCUGGAAGAGUCGUUACGUCCACCCCGAACGGGUUCAAAUCGAGGCUCGUUAGAAUUGACCGACCACUCCUUCGUAUCCCAACUCUGGCAAUUCACUUGGACCGCAAUGUCAACGACUCGUUCAAGUUCAACCAGGAGACCGAAUUUGUUCCUAUCCUCGGCCAAAUAAAUGCACAACUUAACGAAACCAAGUCAGCGUCCGAGAAGAAGGCGUCUAGUGUGCAAGAGAACCACCAUCCCGCUCUAAUUUCUCUGUUAGCCGACGAGUUAUCUGUCGCACCAGAAGAUAUUCUCGACUUCGAACUCUCACUCUUUGAUACCCAACCCUCUGUGCUUGGAGGGCUCAACAAUGAGUUUAUAUUUAGCCCUCGGCUGGACAAUCAAUUUUCUUCUUUCUGUGCGGUGGAAGCUUUAGCUCAGAGUGUCUCUGCACCGAAUGCUGGUAGCUUCAAGGGCAAUGUCAACUGCAUUGCGCUUUUCAACCACGAAGAGAUCGGGAGCGUGUCGACUUCUGGCGCCGAAUCGAAUCUCAUUCCCUCUUUGAUUCAACGACUGUCGCCUAAAAGCGAAGACUAUGCCCAAAGCCUUCAUCGGUCCUUCCUGGUCAGCGCUGAUAUGGGGCAUGCACUACAUCCCAACUACACCUCAAAGCAUGAAGAUAACCACAAACCCACUAUCAAUGGGGGUGUUGUUAUCAAAACCAACGCAAAACAACGCUAUGCGUCUGACGCGGUCUCGACUUUCAUAGUCAAACAGCUCAUUGAGCGGAAAGGAGGGAAAGUACAGGAAUAUGAAGUCCGGAAUGAUAUGGCUUGUGGAUCCACGGUAGGGCCGAUGCUCUCGAAAUUGGGUCUUCGAACAUGUGACGUUGGAUGUGCUCAGUGGAGCAUGCAUUCAGCACGGGAGACAGCUGGGUCGCAUGACGUGCAAAACUACAUCGACCUUUUCCGCUCGCUUUUCGAAAACUAUGCUGAGAUUGAGCAGAGCCUAAGUGUAGAUUGA